AUGUAUUGCAAACAGAAGAUAGAAUUUGGCAAAAAAAAAUGUGAGGUUUGGCAUCCUCUGUAAUAGUCAUUGUAGGAAAUUAGAAGAAAUGAGAUGGGCAAGUCAUCAGGGAAUGCUCAUAGGCUCUGAGAUAGGCUGGAAUAGAUGGUGUAUGUUGAGUUCUUAGAAAGCUCUAUUAAGUAACACAAAUUUAUAUUGCUUUGCUAGAUUUUUUGGGGUGUUUGGGAAAGAAUUUAAUGAUGGAUUUUUUUUCUUUUUUAACUAUUAUUUUUGAGGAAUGAACAAAAUGGUUAUCAACCACCUGGAGAAGUUGUUUGUGACAAAUGACGCAGCAACUAUUUUAAGAGAACUAGAAGUGCAGCAUCCUGCCGCAAAGAUGAUUGUAAUGGCCUCUCACAUGCAAGAGCAGGAGGUGGGAGAUGGCACCAACUUCGUUCUGGUGUUUGCUGGAGCACUUCUGGAGUUAGCUGAAGAACUUUUGAGAAUUGGCCUGUCAGUGUCAGAGGUCAUAGAAGGUUAUGAAAUAGCCUGCAGAAAAGCUCAUGAGAUUCUGCCUAAUUUAGUAUGUUGUUCUGCAAAAAACCUUCGUGACGUUGAUGAAGUGUCAUCACUUCUGCAGACCUCCAUAAUGAGUAAACAAUAUGGUAAUGAAACAUUUCUGGCCAGGCUUAUUGCUCAGGCAUGUGUAUCUAUUUUUCCUGAUUCCGGUCAUUUUAAUGUUGACAACAUCAGAGUUUGUAAAAUUCUGGGCUCUGGUAUCUAUUCAUCUUCAGUAUUGCAUGGCAUGGUGUUUAAGAAGGAAACCGAAGGUGAUAUUACAUCUGUCAAAGAUGCAAAAAUAGCAGUGUACUCUUGUCCUUUUGAUGGCAUGAUAACAGAAACUAAAGGAACAGUACUGAUAAAGACUGCUGAAGAAUUGAUGAAUUUUAGUAAGGGAGAAGAAAAUCUCAUGGACGCACAAGUCAGAGCUAUUGCUGAUACUGGUGCAAAUGUUGUAGUGACAGGUGGCAAAGUGGCUGACAUGGCUCUUCAUUAUGCAAACAAAUAUAGUAUCAUGUUGGUGAGGCUAAACUCAAAAUGGGAUCUCAGAAGACUAUGCAAAACAGUGGGUGCUACAGCUCUUCCUAGAUUGACACCUCCUGUCCUUGAAGAAAUGGGACAUUGUGAUAGUGUUUACCUCUCAGAAGUUGGAGAUACUCAGGUGGUGGUUUUUAAGCAUGAAAAGGAAGAUGGUGCCAUUUCAACGAUAGUACUUCGAGGCUCUACAGACAAUCUGAUGGAUGAUAUAGAGAGGGCGGUAGAUGACGGUGUUAAUACUUUCAAAGUUCUCACAAGGGAUAAACGUCUUGUGCCUGGAGGUGGAGCAACGGAAAUUGAAUUAGCCAAGCAGAUCACGUCAUAUGGAGAGACAUGUCCUGGACUUGAACAGUAUGCUAUUAAGAAGUUUGCUGAGGCAUUUGAAGUUAUUCCCCGAGCACUAGCAGAAAACUCUGGAGUUAAGGCCAAUGAAGUAAUCUCUAAACUUUAUGCUGUACAUCAAGAGGGAAAUAAAAACGUUGGAUUAGAUAUUGAGGCUGAAGUCCCUGCUGUAAAGGAUAUGUUGGAAGCUGGGAUUCUUGAUACUUACCUGGGAAAAUAUUGGGCUAUCAAACUGGCUACUAAUGCUGCAGUCACUGUACUUAGAGUGGAUCAGAUUAUAAUGGCAAAACUGGCAGGUGGACCUAAAGCUCCUAAACCACAAGGAAACUGGGACGAUAAAGAUGAUUGGCAAGAUGAACCUCAUUUAUAAAUAGCAAAUCAGAUCAUCAUGGCAAAACCAGCUGGUGGGCCCAAGCCUCCAAGUGGGAAGAAAGACUGGGAUGAUGACCAAAAUGAUUGAAUGGCUUGAUUUUUACUGUAGGUGAAGACUAAAUUUG